AUGGCUGAUAUUAGUGGUGUGCCCCAUGGCAAACAAAUUGGUCCAUCUCAUUAUGGCGCUACCGAUAUUCCUCUUCCUACAGAUGAGGCUCAAACAGUUUAUGUUAAUCCUAAGAGUUUUGGAUAUUUUAAAUACAAACUACGGGAGGCUUUUGCUGAAUUAGUGGGCACUUUUGUCUUUGUCACAUUCGGCAUUGGUAGCAUUGCCCAGGCCAAGCUCGGAGACGGUUAUGGAAAUUGGACUACAAUUUCACUCGGAUUUGGUCUUGGGUUAGCUUUGGGUCUCGUUAUUUCCGAAAGUAUAUCGGGAGGUCAUUUGAAUCCUGCUGUAACAAUUUCCCUAGCUGUCCAUCGUUAUUUCUCGUGGCGUAAGGUUCCUAUUUAUAUCCUUGCUCAAAUCACUGGAGCCUUUUUAGCUGCAGCAGUAGUCUUUCUAAAUUAUCAUACUGCAAUUGUUGAAUUUGGUGGUGGCAAACUUAGUGUUAAAG